AACUUUGCCAAUAUUUGGACAAACCCUCUUUCCUCCUCCACACAAUUAAAAGAGUAAUCUAAUAGUGCGUAUCUAUAAAAAUUUAUCUAAUAAUUAUAGAGUAGUAUACAAGUAGAAGUAUGAUUAAUUGAAGAAAGAAAAAUAAAUGAAAUUUUAAUGGAAGCGAUUCCAUAUAUAAAUGAUGAUGAGUAGUAGUAGUUGUUGUGGUAAUGAGUGUGGUGGUGGUGGUAAUGGUGGUGAAGAAGACAUGGGCCAUCACUGCUGUAGCAAACAGAAAGUCAAGAGAGGUUUAUGGUCUCCUGAAGAAGAUGAGAAGCUAGUUAGACACAUAACCACCCAUGGCCAUGGCUGCUGGAGUUCUGUCCCGAAACUCGCAGGACUUCAAAGGUGUGGAAAGAGUUGUAGAUUGAGGUGGAUAAAUUACUUGAGGCCUGAUCUGAAGAGGGGUUCUUUUACGGAACAAGAAGAGAGGACAAUUGUGGAUGUUCAUAGAAUUUUAGGCAACAGGUGGGCUCAAAUAGCCAAGCAUUUGCCUGGAAGAACUGAUAAUGAAGUGAAGAAUUAUUGGAAUUCUGUGAUCAAGAAGAAGCUCAUUGCUCAAGGGUUAGAUCCAAACACCCAUAAUCUCCUCUCCACCACUCAACCAAAAAAAAUCAAGAACAAACUUAACCCUCCUCAUAACCAAAAUCAUGGCUCAUUCUUCACUAUAGAUACUUCAUCAAACAAAGAAAUAGAAAUCAAGAAUCCACACACUAUACUUCCUCACCAUUUCCCGGCCGCUACGAACUCGGAGUCAGGCAACUACAUCAGCGUUAACCCUACGUACAAUGAAACUCAAAGCCCUCAUCAGAAUUACAUGAUGGAGUUCUCAAGCUGUUCUUCAUUGGAAAGCACUCAGAUAGCGAAUCAGUUGUUGCAUCCAUCAGGGUUCGGGAUUUUGAAUGAGAGUUGCAUGUGGAGUACUACUAGUACUAAUGUUUUCGACCCGUGUUUGAAUACUACUCCGGCGUUACUACCACGGGAAGAAACAUUAGUACCGCCAGCCGCCACGAGGCCGCCGGUGCCGGGAAAUGAAGGUCAAAUGUACGGUGGUGCCAAUGAUGAUAAGAUGGUUGAAGCAGGUUGUCGUGACAGCAUAAACAAUGGUGGGUUUGAUCAUUCUAACAUUGAUUUUGAAUUCAUGGAUUCAUCAGGUUUAGUGCCACAGGGAAUAUAUUGUAAUGUAAACUCAAUGGGUCAACUUGCAUGGGGUUGCUAGGUUUUUUUUUUUUUUUUUUUCCCCUUUUCCUUAAUUCACAUAGGUCCGAAAUUAAUUAAUUUUAUUUUGCAUGUUAAUUAAUUAUCUCAUAUUUAUGUCUUGUCACAUAAUCAAUAUCUCUACUCAAGAUUAAUUUUAUUUAAAUUUGAAACAUCAAUGAUUACAAAGUGUGGAAUAAGCCUCUCGUUCGGCCAUUUUCAUCCCAUUUUGGAUUUUGGCCAUUUCUCUUUUUAACGCGAAAAGGGUUUGACUGGGUAUUAUGUGAAAGUUUGUAGAAAUAUGGGCACUUUUGUCUCCAGGUUAACUUUCAUUUUUUAUAUUGGAAAUGUCAAAUCAUGCAUCUUUUAUAAUUGACAUUUCUUUUUUAACACAUCUAAUAUUCGAAAUUACUCGUUCGCUACUUUGAUAAAUC